AUGGAGCGCCUCUUAGAGAUUGGGCAACAUAAGGCAGGUGAGAGGCCAUUUUCAUAUUCUGAGUGUGAGAAAUGUUUUACAUGGAAAUCAGAUCUUGUUACACAUCAGAGAAGUCACACAGGUGAGAAGCCAUUUUCUUGCUCUGAGUGUGGGAAAUGUGUUAGACGGAAAUCACAACUUGUUACACAUCAGCGAAGUCACACAGGUGAGAGGCCAUUCCCAUGUUCUGAGUGUGGGAAAUCUUUUACACACAAAUCACAUCUUGUUAAACAUCAGCGAAGUCACACAGGUGAGAAUCCAUUUUCAUGUUCUGAGUGUGGGAAAUGUUUUACACACAAAUCGUAUCUUGUUAUACAUCAGAGAAGUCACACAGGUGAGAGGCCAUUUCCAUGUUCUGAGUGUGGGAAAUGUUUUACAUACAAAUCGUAUCUUGUUAUACAUCAGAGAAGUCACACAGGUGAGAAGCCAUUUCCAUGUUCUGAGUGUGAGAAAUGUUUUGCACGGAAAUCACAUCUUGUUAAACAUCAGAGAAGUCACACAGGUGAGAAACCAUUUUCUUGCUCCGAGUGUGGGAAAUGUUUUACACAGAAAUCACAUCUUGUUAAUCAUCAGCGAAGUCACACAGGUGAGAAACCAUUUUCUUGCUCCGAGUGCGGGAAAUGUUUUACACAGAAAUCACAUCUUGUUAAUCAUCAGCGAAGUCACACAGGUGAGAAUACAUUUCCAUGUUCUGAGUGUGGGAAAUAUUUUACACAGAAAUCAGAUCUUAUUAAACAUCAGAGAAGUCACACAGGUGAGAAGCCAUUUCCAUGUUCUGAGUGUGGGAAAUGUUUUGCACACAAAACAGAUCUUGUUAAACAUCAGAGAACUCACACAGGUGAGAAGCCAUUUUCUUGCUCUGAGUGCGGGAAAUGUUUUACACAGAAAUCAAAUCUUGUUAAACAUCAGCGAAGUCACACAGGUGAGAAUUCAUUUCCAUGUUCUGAGAAGUAA